AUGGGUAUCUGCGCCUCAUGUCUAGGACGUAAUCGUCGGGAACCCCACGAUCCCAACCACCCCGAAUCCUCUCGCCUCCUCGAUGAAGACAUCUACCAACCCGGCUACGGCUACGGUGCCCUCAACCAAAGCGCCCAAGGCAACCACCCAGACCCUAGCUAUCUGAAGCGCGAACGAGAAGCCCUCGAAGCAAUCUGUCAACGAACAUCAGACUCCGUCAUCGACAUCUGGUCCCUCCAACCUCAACCGCACCUCCAACCUCGCGCCACCCUCCCCAGCACCGUUCCCCCUCCUUCAUCCUCCGAUGGCGAUGCGCCACCCGUCAAAGUAAUAACAACUGACUCGCCACCGGCUCGCUCAAAGAAACCCUCCUCCCCGGCUGCAAAGGCAGGCGGCACAGUGCCGAAACACUGGGGCGAAGUGGUGAUAAAUACGCGCAAGAAUCGGUCGCGGCCGGGGUCGAGUACGGAUGAAGACGGUGCUGCUAAAAGGGAUGUGUUCGGAGUGUUGAAGGUUACAUGA